CUGUCUUAUUUGAAUAACAUUAUUAAAAGUAGUAAAUAAAGCUAUUCUCCUAUCGUGUUCUUACAAGUCCAUGUUAUAAAGCUUAAUUUGUUGGUUAGUGUUAAAAUUUUUAGCAAAUUUAUCCUUAAUAAAUAGAAUUACGAAAUAGUCGUACAGUAUAAACACGUAUGGUAGAAGUACGUUUUUGAAUUAUCAGUGACUUUAACUAUUCUGUUUUCCAUCCAGUGGCAUCUCGAGCCUCUAAAAAUGAAACUUUUAUUUUUAUAAAAUUCAUAACUUAUAAUUGAGUUUGUGUUGCAAGAUAUCAAAUUAAAAGAAACUUAGUGGAAGACAAUGAUUUUAGGGAAAAUCUCCUGUUAAAAAACUCGUCACAAUACUUAUCAAUACGAGAAGCACAUCGGAAGUCCGUAAAAGAUGGUCAUUUCUGCUAGAUACUUACUACAGGAUGUUAUAUUUAGCGAUGAAAAACGUGAUGGAAACACGUAAAUAUGGAUGCUAAAAACUAUUUGAAACCUCCCUGUAGUUUUCAAUAAUAGGAUCUAACUGUUUAAGGAAACUAUUUCUGGAUCUAACAAGUUGAUCGAAAAAUUGUUGAAGAAUAUUUCAUAUGAAAAUUAUAUCGAGUUUCAUGAAAAUAUUAUUAUUAUAAGUGAUCGCGUAUUACAUAAAUUUAAAGUUAUUAAUAUUUUAUGAACAGUGUUUAUUCAAACACAUAGAAAUCCCUAGUUCCGCUGCUGUUUAUAUGGGUAUUAUAUAAAGAUUGAUUGUUUGUUAUUCAGAAAUAGCUCUAGAAUUUGUAAAAUAUUGUUAUAGAAACCUGAAAAUUGUUUUCGUAAUUUCUUAAUGCUGAAAAUUAAAUACAAGGAAAAAUUAUUCACCAAAUUUGUAUUUAUUUCUUAUUCUAAAGUAGGCAUGGAAAACAUUACCAUAGAUUUUCUUGAAAGAAAUUCUACUAAUAAUAAUACAACCGAAUACUAUAUUAACGAACAUCUAAAAAAUGCUCGAAAUAUUCUUCCAAUAUUUACUGUGAUAAUCACAAUGAUUGCUAUUGGAGCGGAUGUUUCUUGGAAUCAGAUUUAUACAGGGAUUAGGAAACCUAUUGGACCUGCCAUUGGACUCUUUUGUCAAUUUAUUAUAAUGCCAUUAAUUGGAUUUCUUUAUAAUAUUAUAUUUCAAUUUGAAUCAAGUGUUGCGGCUGGUUUGCUUAUUAUAUCCUGUUGUCCCGGAGGAACAGUUUCCAAUAUGUUUACAUAUUAUUUGGAUGGUGACGUCUCACUUAGGGCCCUCCUCCUUCUGCGCACCCGUUGCACCUACCUAUUUACGGCACUGUUUUAUAUUUGCAUUCCACAUUAA